AGUCGUUCCCUCUGUGUCUGGCCUUUGAACCUUGCGUUCCCGAUAUACAGCAAGGGUGGAGCUUCUAUAUUCUCCAAAACGUCCAUGAAGCUCCUGUCUGAGGGUGAGUCCGUCCUAUCCGAGCGUCUCCCAGGGCCCACCACGGCCCCACAACAUCCAACGUCCCACCCCAUAACCCAACAUCCCAAAAGAGAAACCCACCGAAGCAGGACCUGAGACUUUUAGCAGUUCUGGUCCUCAUUGGUUUUCAAGGACAAGCAUGGCUGAUAAACUGGGACUGGCAGGUGUGGCGGACGAGCCCAGCACCAUGAACAUCUUCUCUCUGCUGGAGAGGGUGUCCGGGAUCAUAGACAAUGUUCAGGCCUGCCAACAGCGAAUGGAGGAGAGGCAGCUGGAGCUGGAGAACACUGUCAAGACCAUCCAAGCAGAUGUUGUCAAGCUGACGAAGGAGCACACGGCCACGAGUGGCACCGUGGAGAAACUUCUGGAGAAAACACGCAAGGUCAGCUGCCACAUCAAGGACGUCCGUGUGCGGGUGGAGAAGCAGAACGUUCGAGUCAAGAAGGUGGAGGAAACCCAAGUUGAGCUGCUGAAUAAGAACAAGUUUCGCGUGGUCAUCUACCAGGGAGAUAAUGAGGUCCCAGCUGUGGCUGGUCCUAAAGCCUCCCCGAAGGGAGCAACGGGUGGAGAUGCCGCUGCAGACCCAGACGCACCAGAGGCUCCGCUCCCUGACUCGGAUGAGGAAUACAUGGUUGUUGAAGAAGCAGAUUCAUCUACUGCUGCCAAACUAAAGAAGACCGGCCUGAAGCGCAUCGAAAGCCUGAAGCAGACCUUCUCACGCGAGAACAUGACUAAGACCAAAGAGAACCUGGGCACCAAGGUCAACAAGCUGGGCGAGCGCAUAGUAACAGCCGAACGACGUGAGAAAAUCCGCCAGUCAGGAGAACGACUGAAACAGUCUGGCGAGCGCUUCAAGGAAACCAUCACGAAAACUGUACCAGCAAAGCUGAACCUGAAGAAGGAAAGGACGGUGGCUGAGGGUCAGGAGGGAGCAGAAGGGACCACAGAGGGAACAGCACCCGUCCCACCACCAAAGGGUCGUAAACCUAGUCCUGACGUGGCCUACACGGAGCCAACGCAGAAACAAGAAGGUCCAGAUGAGGGCAAGGCUGAGGAAACAGAAGUGCCGAUGUAUGAUAUGAAGCAGCUUUCUUAAGCUUAAGCAGGCCUGACAGGCACGUUUGAGAAAGACUAAUAUACAGAUAUGGAUUCAAUUAUGGAGAACUAGAAGGUGGAAAGACUGAAAAGACCAGAGAUCCUGUGUGGAUCAGUGGAUAGUUCUUGCGACAACUGAAUGAACGAAUUGAGGAAGUUGAAUACUACAAACAAUAUCUGAUUUUUUGGGGGAGGUGUGGGGGUAAGUUUUGUUUACAUAUGUUAUGUGUUAUAAAGGGUGAUGAAUGUCAAACCACCAUACUGAGAUGACUAGUUUAACAAUUUUUAAUUUGAAUUCUAGUUAGUUUUUUGGUCACGCUGCCACCUAUGGGUGUGGAUGAAGUGUCAUGUAAAAUCAAAGGUGUUUGGUAAGAUACUACUUUCACAGAUAUGUAUAAUAAUAGAGGUAUACUGUGACACCAGACAUGAUGCGCGCGGAUAAAUCGCACUAUUCUAACAUAAAAAGACGCAUGAAAAUUGUGAGUUUGCUCGCUUCAUUUGCGCGUCAAAUUCGCUUCACAAUAGACAAGGAUUCGCAUCAUGGGCAGGGCUUCUGUCUCCCCGGUGACUCUAGCUUCAUUGCUAAACGGCUAACAUGGAUUUUAUUGAGAGAAAAGCUGUGUUUAUGUGCUUUAGGAAGGCUGAUAAACAGCGUACAGUCGUUCACGGUCGUGUCUAAGUCCACUAGAUCCUUUCAGAGGUGCACCCAGCUAUGUGAGUUCAUCAACUCCUCCUGAAACUAUACCUGGAUGAUGGAAGAUUUCAGCAGUACUUCCGACUGAGCCGAGCCCAGUUUGAUGAACUGUUGUCCAGUGUCGGUAAGAAGAUUUUCCCUCGGGACACUAACAACAGGCGCUACGUCAUAAUCACGGCCCUACAAGAGAAAGAUCCUGAUUGGUUAACGCAGAGUGAAUGUCCGCUGAAGUUCAGAUUGUCCAACUUAAGCGAUUCACGCAUUAAACGUGUCAAACACGCAAAACGAUCAACUCGCGCUGCCUCAUUUUCGCAGGAUGUCUAUUCGCGUCUUUGCGUUGACUUAACAUGUAAAUCACUCGCGCUUGACGCUUCAUCCGCGUCUGGUGUGAACGCAGCAUAAGAAGUCCCCCAUUAUUAGAGAACUAAUUUUUUAAGACACUGAUGCCUUUAUUCAUUCUUUAGUGGUAAAAUGCUUUUAAGACAAAGAACUGAGUGAACCUAUUAUUUAUUAGGCGUGUGCAAUGUUAUUUGAAAAAUUUCACCGAACGGUCAAAAUGAUUUACACAAAUACAGAUGAUUUACACAAUUUAGAUUAUUUUUUUUUUUGACUUCAAAUAUAUUCUGGUGUCAGCGGACAUCCAGCUUGUCCAGCAAUGGUUGAGUUUCGAAUUACAUUUUUCAGUUUAGGUGUUGUAGUUGAUUACUUGUUCAGGCAAGUCAUUUCUAUCAAUAUUUUUCUGUGCCUUUUCUGUGUUUUUCUUGUAAACUAAAAAAGAUCAGCUUUUGCAGUAUAACCUUGGUGAUUAACCAUCACUAUUCAGUUGUAUUAUUAUUUUUAAAUAAACACAUGAACUCAA